CCAUGAUGCAUUUUGACAGGGUUGGUCCAGCUGAGCCAAGAUGGCGGACGAACAGCUCACUGAUGAGGAGAGGGUUCGCAUUGCUGCCGGUUUUGUCGUCCACGCGCCACCGGGAGAAUUCAAUGAAGUUUUCAAUGAUGUCCGGCUACUGCUCAACAAUGACAGUCUGCUCAGGGAACGGGCGGCUCAUGCCUUUGCCCAGUAUAACAUGGAUCAGUUUACACCCACCAAACUUAAAGAAGAUCAGGUGUUGAUCACAGAACAUGGAGACCUGGGAAACGGGCGCUACUUUGACCCACGAAAUAAGCUGUCGUUUAAGUUUGACCACCUGAAGAAAGAAGCCACUGAACUGAAAGCCUAUGAGGGGGAAGCAGCUCUGGAGCCAUGGAGGGAUGCGUGUGACACUGCCCUCAGGGCCUACAUUAAAGAUCACUACCCUAGUGGAGUGUGCACUGUUUAUGGGAAAACUGUUGAUGGCCAACAGACAGUCAUUGCCUGCAUUGAAGGACAUCAGUUUCAACCCAAAAACUUUUGGAACGGUCGCUGUCGGUCCGAGUGGAAGUUCAGCUUGUCUCAGGGCGCGACUCAGCUGGUCGGCGUCCUCAAGGUCCAGGUGCAUUAUUAUGAAGAUGGUAAUGUGCAACUUGUGAGCCACAAGGACAUUCAAGAGUCUCUCAACAUCUCUAAUCCGAAGCAGACUGCUGAGGAGUUUGUUAAAGUUAUUAACGAUGCAGAGACUGAAUACCAGACGGCAAUCAACGAGAACUACCAGAACAUGUCGGACACCACCUUCAAAGCCUUACGCCGACCGCUUCCUGUCACCCGCACCAAGAUCGACUGGAACAAGAUCCUCAGCUAUAAGAUAGGCAAAGAGAUGCAGAAUGCUUAGAGCUGAGCUGGCUUGCCUUUCCCUCUGCUCACAAUACAAGGCGAGAUAAGAGCUGCAGGGGGCCUGGGCUUGAGCGCAAGACCGGGGCCAGGUUUGGGCACAGGCACUUUGGACAAAUGUGCUAAGAAAUGUCCUCGCUUUAUUUUUAUUUUCUUUCCCCCCCUAAUAUCCAAGGUUUAACCUCAGCUAAAGAGACUGCCUCCUUUUCUGUAUUGUCAGAAGGCUGUGAAAUUGUUCUGUCGGGUGUAGCAAUAGUCCUUGCUGUUAAACCGAUGCCCAGGGUCAGAAAUGUUCUACCCCACUAUUACACAUUUUACACAUCACUCUGAGACACCAAUUCAGCCAUGUCCUUGACCAAAUGUUUAAUCUUGCUAAUGAAAAAGCUUUUUUUUUUUUUUUUUUUAAUAUACUUUUGAAUAGAGUUUAAUUUUGUAACCUUUCUUGAAAUAUAUUGAUUUUUAAUCCAAGGUUCCAAAGGUUUUUUUUUCCCCCCUUUAUAAAUCUGUCUUGUGCAGUUGGAAACAAAGCCUGAAGAAUAUCUUUGUAUGGUGAUUACUGCUUAGCUUAAAGGUUUUUUUUUAAAUAUAUAAAUAGCCUUUAUACACCUUAAAUACCAUUUACAUGAACAGCAAUCUUGAUUUGGAUUCUAAAAACACUGAACAUCAAUAUUUUCAAUAGACUUUUUUAUAUCCGUCAUUUUAAUUUGUAAAAAUUUUAGCUUGAUUCCGUGAUGAUCUUAAACUAAUCUGCAGUCCAAACAAAAAUGAUUUCAAGUUAUAUGUUCAGGAUUGUCUUUAUUUAUGUUAGUGUUAUACCUCCCUUAAUAUAAGCUUGAUCCAGAGCCUGAAAAAUAAAAACCACAUGCACAAUGUUAAAGCUCCACAAACGAAAAUUACUGCUUUCGGGAAUAUAUUUUCUACAAUGACUAACAAUUCUGGAUAUCAUGUGUGAGGUGUGUUUUAUUUCACUGAGCAAAUUGUUUCUCUUUUCUCGUCCCUGUCUGCAUUUGAUGACUGUUCUGUGCCACUGUGUUUAAUCAACACAAUAAUUUCUUCUCUGGAAGCAGUGUUUAGAGGUGGUACUUCUUAAAUGUACUGUUAUUUGUUGAGGAGAUUUGCCAAAAAAAAAAAAAAGGAAAAAAAACACUUAUGGUCCACAGUUUCAGUGUAAGGAUGGAUGUAAAGCCUCUGCCUCUUAUUGGAAACGGUCGCAAUAUCGCCCUCUGGUGUCUCCAACUGGUAGCAUUACUGUAUUCAGUCCCAGGGUUUCGCCUCAUUUUCUGCUUCCUGCCUGAGCAAUUACUGCUAUUUUUUACAAAGUGUAUGAACAAAUAGGAUUCCAGAAAAAUAAAGUAUUUGCACCAA